UGCAGCAGCUACAAACGUUAGCUCUCUGGAUUCAUUCAUGAGGGAAGAAAAAACUACAACUUUUCAUUGUAUUGGAAGAAUUACAAUCUCAAGAAAAGAUAGCGACAUUUGGACUAAUAACCCGGUGCUAACAAAUACUAUCAACAUUAGCCGAAUGUUAGCAGUGGUUGUGUGGGUGCAAUGUGCAGGUAACAGUAGAAUCCUCAAAAGAUAAAAAUACGCUGUGAGCAUCAGUUGUUGACUGACGGACAACUGAAAUGGGCGAUAUCACCAUGUUAACCUCAGCUAACCUCAGCUAGCUAACGCCGGUCAUCGUUGUCAGGGGCCGUCAGCUUCAGUUCAUCCCCUUCAGGUGAUUCAGAAACCCCAACAAGAAACAAGUUGGACAAUAUAAUCAUCCCAAUCAAAUCCAAAAAAAAUAUCAAAGAGAGGAAAUGGCUGACGAUGCAGGCGGCAUCCCUGAACUAGACCAGAAGAAAUACGACGCAGACGAGCAGGUGAAGAUCAUCUGCCUGGGAGACAGCGCAGUGGGUAAAUCUAAGCUGAUGGAGAGGUUUCUCAUGGAUGAAUAUCGUCCCCAGCAGUUGUCAACAUAUGCUUUGACUCUCUACAAACACACAGCGACUGUAGGCAACAAGACAGUCGCGGUUGAUUUCUGGGACACUGCUGGUCAGGAGAGGUUUAAGAGCAUGCACCCCUCAUACUACCACAAAGCACAUGCAUGCAUAAUGGUUUUUGAUGUUCAGAGAAAGAUUACAUAUAAAAAUCUGGCCAACUGGUAUAAAGAACUGAGAGACUACAGACCGGAGAUACCCUGUUGUGUGGUUGCCAACAAAAUUGACGCUGAUUUGAAGGUGACACAAAGAAGCUUUAGCUUUGGGAAGAAGCAAGGACUUCCAUUUUACUUUGUAUCAGCAGCUGAUGGGACUAAUGUAGUUAAGAUGUUUAGAGAGAUGAUCAAGAGAGCAGUGGACUACAAGAAAAACCCCAGUGACUUCAUGGAUGAAGUGAUGCAAGAAUUAGAGAACUUUGACCUGGAAAAGAAAGAAGAUAAUUCGGAUGCAGAUGAGGAUGGAUUGAAAGCACAGAGCCCCGAGUUGGUCUGACACAGCUUUACGAAUCCUCCCAACCCUCUUAUCAUCUCAUGGAUAAUCUAUCCUCCUCCUGGGGUUGAUGCUGUGAAUAUUUUUAGUCAACAUGAUGCUGUUGACAUGACCUCUGGUGUCAGAGAUCUCUGACUCUCCGUGAUUGACGUUUGCGACCAGCACAUUGUUUGUUCUUAUGUAAUUCUGGCGGUGUGUAACUCGGCCACUGGAGAACCGCGCAGUCUUUCAGUCAGGUUGAAAGUCACUGCCCUCCAUGUGUCCUCUGACAUAAGCAGGGAAAUAAACCUGGUAGAAUAAUUAUGUGUUUUCCAGGUGCAUUUAACUAUUGUUUUAGCAUUGUUACUUCUACUUUGUAUAAUAAUAUGUACUCUAAUAAUGAGGCUGAAUGUUUGAUUCAGCGUGAGAAAACACUUACUUUGUGUCAUGUAAUAAGAAUGUGAAGCAUUGAAAUCUAGCUCACAGAGCAAAGAGAACGUGUGAUUAUGAACUGUCCUUGCUGCUCUUCUGGAUGUGUGUGUGUGUUUAUUGUUGUGUGCAAUGCCAGCGGGGAGCUGCAUCUGUUAGCUGAUGUUGUUGCAUUCAUUUUAUGAUGUAAAGUCUGUUUUUCAGCGUCCUUUAAAUGAAAACUUAAUGUACCAUGUAACCAAAUUGUGAGAAUGUGUGUCUCUCCAAGUUGCUGAGAUCCAGCAGUGGGCACAAGAGCACCAAGUCAUCAACUUGACAUCAGCAUUUUAUACGUGUCAUAUACAGUAUGAAUCUGUAAUACAUCAAAUUGGUUUUCUGGCAAAAGGUGCACAUUAGGCUGAGUGUCUGUGUAGAACAGAAUGAGCCUCAAUUUCACACAUCAUUCAGUUAUUCCUAUAUGAUAUUCAUGUUGUACACAAAAGCAUGUAUACUGUAUAUUUUCUAUUUAUAUUUGACUGUCUUGUGUGGCAUCGAUUAUGAAUAAAUCACACUGGAACAUAAUUACCACUGAGACACGCUGAAUUCUAGCAGGAAGAAUAAUUUUGAUGCAGUUCAUGUUUUAAUUAUAAAUUUAUUACAUAAUAUAACAAACAUAUAUCUCUGUGGUGGAGAUAUCCUGGGCAACAUCUCAGAUCUUGCCUCAGCCUUUACUAUCACCCUUACUCUGUUUACAUGAGGACUACUAGGUAGCUUCUGGUUCUAACUUGGGUUGUCAUGUAUUGAUGUGGAGGGGGGAUUUCUAAUGCUAGAAGCAUCCAGAAGAUGUGGGUAAGUGGGUCGGGGAUAGUAGUGGAGAUGAUUGGCCUGGUUGUCGGACUCUGAGAAGGGAGAGUUCACCUGUGAGACAAGGCUGAGGUGUUGCAGUGAUACAUCCACCAUUCUAAACUUCACAGUGCAAACAAGGAGAAAACCAACAAUGAAAGAAAAAACCCCUUGAUGAUAAGAUCACUGGUUCCAGCGGGUGACCAGAUCCCAGUGGGUGUUUAAAAAGAUUACACUGCUCCCCUUACACUAUGUAGAUUGUGCUUUGUUGAUUAGAAAAUAAGACAAAGGUAACCCUUCACUGAACUUAUUUGACCUAAUGAUGUGUAAGUCUGUUGCACGUUGCUCUGUAGCAUCAUUUUGCAUCUGUAUUUGUGGUAAACACAUCAAUCCAACCAGGUAUUCACUACAGCAUUGUUUCUUCUAACCAAGCCAGCCUGCAUGAGUCCAGACUGUACACACACACCUCUUGCAGUGUUUGUGUUUCAUCUGUCAUUUGCAUUUAUACGGGAACAGUAAGCCAAGCUGGAUAAUAACCUUCAUCACAGUAAAAUCAAGCAAUUGUGAUACUUUGUCUCAAAAUUUAAAUAGAAAUGUUAAAGGAAAGCUCACAGGUAGAUAUACACAGGUUAUAUACAUAUAUAUGUAUGUUUA